CGGGGAAGUUAGUGGUUUGGUGUCAACGUUAAGGAGGCGAUGUCUAAGACAGAUAUAUAAGGACGUCGUUAUACACUACUCUCUCGCCAUCAGCUCAAUUCUCCAACUCAAAACAUCUCCAAACCACCUCUCUCUCAACAUGCGUUUCUUCGCCGUUGCCGUUCCUGCCGUCUUCGGCGCCCUCGCCUUCGCCGACCAGGAGACCGUCACCGUCAAGGACCUGACCAUCCGUGACAACAACGGUAUCCAGAUGGCCGAGUUCUCCCUCCAGGAGCCCAACGUCAAGUGCUCCGGCAAUGACUUCACAAACGGCAACGUCGUCACUUGCGGCGAGUCCAAGUACCGCUUCACCGUCACGGGCUCCAACAGCGACUACAAGCUCACUCUCUACCACGAGACUGGUCUUGCCGCUGGCCGCACCGGCUCCGCCAAGGCUCCUGUCUACUGCCACGCUGGCGGUAACGGCCAGAAUGACUUCGUCUGCUCCCAGGUUGAUGACCUCAAGGUCACCCUUGACUCCUAAGCGUUGGAAAAUGAUGGCCAUUCCUACAUGGUUAUUAUUUAGUUACUAAGUAUAAUCGAUAAUUUGGACGCUUAAAGAAAUCUAAGAGAUGUGACCAAUCUUGACUUGAUUUUCGGAUUCUUGCAAGAGCAACUUUGCGUAAAGUCACGGUGGCGUUACUUUGGCGUCCAGGUGUCGCAUGAGUCUUGAGAUAAGUGGAUAUUUGUUGAAUUGGUGAUGAUUUCCGUCCGGUUUGAGGCGGUGAAUUGAGAUAGGAGCUUGAGAUAGUGACUCGAGA